GGCGGCGGCGGUGGCGGCGGCGGCGGGCUGGGCCGCGUCGUGCUGGAGGGCCGGGGCUAUGGCUUCCUGGGCUACGCUUUCGCCCAGCAUCGUGGAGUAUUUCGAGGGCGAGGACUUCUACCGCUGCGGCUAUUGCAAGAAUGAGUCGGGCAGUCGCUCCAAUGGCAUGUGGGCACAUUCCAUGACUGUACAGGAUUAUCAGGAUCUCAUAGACCGAGGAUGGCGAAGAAGCGGGAAAUAUGUGUACAAACCUGUCAUGAAUCAAACAUGUUGUCCUCAGUACACAAUAAGGUGCCGACCUUUACAGUUUCAGCCAUCAAAAUCUCACAAGAAGGUUUUGAAAAAAAUGUUGAAAUUUCUGGCUAAAGGGGAAAUUUCAAAAGGAAAUUGUAAGGAUGAGCCCAUGGAGCCCACCAUGGAGGAUGCUGUGGCUGGAGACUUUGCAUUAAUAAAUAAAUUGGAUAUACAGUGUGACCUUAAAACGCUCAGUGAUGACCUCAAAGAGAGCUUAGAGAGUGAAGAGAAGAAGAAAGCAAAGAGCCCAAAGAAGGAAGAAUGGAAUGAAUUAACCCAGUCACAGGAUAUGGAAGAGAAGUUGGGCUCUGGUGAACCGUCACAUUCAGUUAAAGUACAUACAGUUCCUCAGCCAGGCAAAGGGGCAGAUUUGAGUAAGCCUCCAUGUCGAAAAGCAAAGGAAAUCCGGAAAGAAAGGAAAAGGCUAAAACUCAUGCAGCAGAACCCAGGUGGAGAGCUGGAGAGUUUCCAGGCUCAGUGUCAGCCAUCCUCUUUGUUGCCACCAAAGGCUAAAUCCAACCAGCCCAAGUCACUUGAGGAUUUAAUUUUUGAAUCUUUACCGGAGAAUGCAUCACACAAGUUAGAGGUGAGGGUGGUGAGAUCAUCUCCACCAAGUUCUCAGUUCAGAGCCACAUUUCAGGAGUCUUACCAGGUCUAUAAACGUUACCAGAUGGUUGUUCACAAGGACCCACCUGAUAAACCAACUGUGAGCCAGGUGAGGUUAGUACCUGUCUCCUUUGAGGACCCAGAGUUCAAGUCGUCCUUCAGCCAGUCAUUUUCUUUAUAUGUCAAGUAUCAAAUGGCCAUCCACCAGGAUCCGCCCGAUGAAUGUGGCAAGACCGAGUUCACAAGAUUCCUUUGCAGCUCACCUUUGGAGGCAGAGAAUCCCCCUAAUGGACCAGAUUGUGGCUAUGGCUCCUUUCACCAGCAGUAUUGGCUUGAUGGGAAGAUCAUUGCUGUGGGGGUGAUUGACAUCCUCCCCUACUGUGUAUCGUCUGUAUAUUUGUACUACGAUCCUGAUUAUUCAUUUCUGUCUUUGGGUGUCUAUUCUGCGCUCCGAGAAAUUGCUUUUACUAGGCAACUUCAUGAGAAUACACCUCAACUGAGCUAUUACUAUAUGGGUUUUUACAUUCAUUCAUGUCCCAAGAUGAAAUAUAAGGGUCAGUAUAGACCAUCUGAUUUGCUUUGUCCUGAGACAUAUGUUUGGGUACCCAUUGAGCAGUGCCUGCCUUCACUUGAGAACUCCAAGUACUGCCGUUUCAACCAGGACCCAGAAGCAGUGGAUGAAGGUCGCAGCAAGAAACCUGACCGCCUGCAGGUGUUUUACAAGAAGACCAUAAUGCCUUACGGAGUUUACAAGAGACAGCAGAGAGACCCGAGCGAGGAGGCCGCCGUGCUGCAGUACGCGAGCCUCGUGGGGCAGGCGUGCUCCGAGCGCAUGCUGCUCUUCAGAAGCUGAACCAGCUCGUUCGCCUCGCCGCCCGGGCCCUUCUGCGUCGUGCGGCCAGCGUGUGCCACGGUGCAAGUUCAUUCCUCGGGGGAAACUCUGCAACCGUCCACAGAUUCGACUUUUUAAUUUUGAUGGCUAUUUGGCUUUUCUAAAAUAUUUUGUGGCAGUGUAUUUGUGAGAAUCUCAUGGUUAAUAUAAAGAUUUUAAAAUGUGUUACGACCUAGACUCAUAAUUGGGGUUUAUCAUUUCAGAAGUCUGUUUUAUGAACAAGAGAUGGUAAACUUCUCUUGUUAAUGUUUUGGAAAGUAGAAUUUAUAAAUGAAUCUUAAGUAAUUUAAAUCACAGUUGUGCUGUUUUGUACUGUUAGAUUAAAACACCGUUUCCUCACAUCCAUUUACAACAUCAGUUUAUGCUGAACCUUAGGUGUGGGGAGAAGGUGGGAAUUGUGUUUCAUCACUGAGAAAAUGGCUUCUCAAGGGAAUAAAAUUGGGCUGUUACUCAGUGUUGAAUAUUACAUUAUUGCCAAAUGUCCUAUUAUGUAGUUUAGUAGAAAACCUGAAAAAAAGGAAAUAGUACAGACCUCAAAAAAGGACAUUGUGUUAACAUCAGAUGUCUGUUUACCCAGGACAGUCCUAUUCGUGUCUGCUGUCUUGGCACGAUUAUUUUUCUUAGAAUAAUUAUUACUCAUGCUCCCUUUUACUCUCCAGAAUAUCCCAGUUUGGACAAUGAAAUAGUUAUGUAUUGCAUUGUCCAAACUGGGACGCUUUGCUUUUGUUUCUCAAAAUCUAAGAAGUGGAGUUUUUAAAGAAAAUUGUUGGUUCCUGCCUUGACCUAAGCCCCAUCAAAGGUAAACAUACACUAAUUUUUCUUAGAACUCAGGACACUUGUCUUUGGUUAUUGGUUAAAAAUUAGUUCCUAUCUGACUGCUCUUAUAGCUAUGCCACCCAUCACACUUAGUGAACUAGGAGUCGUUUUGACCUCUGUUCCAGGGCAGGAGGCAGAACCAUCCUCUUCUUGCCUUUUGAUUUGGGAGUCAGAGAGGAGACGCCACACUUAAGAGUCUGCAGCAGAGGCGGGCCCUUCUUUCCCUUUCCCGUCUCUUACUUGGUCCUUUACUCAUUCAGCAGAUGUCCCUUGCCCCCCCCCCAACUUUAAGGUGGCAGGACUGUGCUGGGAGGCAGGAGGGGGUCAGGCGUAGCAGCUCGAGGUUACCCCGAGGCGUGCUAGAGGCGGUGAGGGACGGAGGAAGCGCACCUGCCUGUGCUCUUUCUCAGCUCGUCCCCACCUGCUGGCACCUGCUUGGCCGCUGAGUCUUUUUCACUUCCCAUUUUGCCCAUUUUUCCAUUUUCCAUUGGUUGAUCUUUUUAAAAAACCAUAUUGUAAAACUUAGUAGCUUGAAUCCCACUACUGAUUUUAAACUGUUCUCCUAAAUGCACUGAGUUUAGAUAUAAAAUGUUAGAAAAUAAUUCCAGCUAGCUAGAAUAAAAGGAAGGAUCAUAAAACAAUGAUUCUAAAAAUCAAAUGUCUGAAGUUCAACAUCCAAAUAAAGUGUAUUUAUUCAUUCACGGAGAAUGUGUGUAACACCUACCAUGGGCAGGCACUUAGCUGCUAACUGGGGAUAGAGUAGUGAUGGCAUGGAUUUUGCAUUCUCUGGAAUUUUGUCCUUCAAAAUGGUCUCCUGAGAGCAUUUGAUAGGCUCUUAUUUAAAACUGCCUUCAGAAUCUAUAGAACAUUAAAAAAAUUUUUCCCUUUAAAGUGAAGAUAGUUUAAUUUUUUAUGAUUUAUGAAAAUGAUACUCUAAGCGGGUAAACAUUAAGAAAAGCAUAAAUAAGAAAGUAAGAAUGACCUGAUCCUAUUGAGUUGAAAGAAAUUUAAAAAUAGGACUUCAGAAGUAUUGUGAGUCAUCUCAGUAUUAUUGAUGUGAGUAGGGUAGGUCCGUACCUGGUACCCUUGGCAUUCAAAUGUCCAGGUUGAUGUCAUCAGGUGCAUUACCCUUCCUUUCCUCUCAGUGACUACCGUGUAGCAUGGAAUCCGUUAAGAUCACAACUCGAAUAUCAAAUGACAAGAAAGCUUGAAUCUUACUUCUUACCACAACUCUGGUUUCUUCCCGCAGAAUUCAGUUUAGGGUUCCUUCAGAGGAAAAGGAGUAAGCCCCCUGUGUGGGAACUGUGGUGCUGUCCCUGCAGGUGGCAUUCUAGGUUGGCUCCUGCGAAGCUCCAGAGAGAGCUGGGCACGAAGAUUCUUCUGCUUGGUGUAUUGGUUUUUUGAGAGUGGAUAGUGUUAUCGAUCCUAGGGAACAAAGUGUCUUCUGAAGACAGUUUCUUGUUCUUUUGAGUCCUCGCUGAGUGAAUGUUGAUAGUGGGCGGCAAAAGGACAGUCAAGGAAAGUGGCUUGGCUCGCUCAGGUGACAUGCGGUCUAGCUGAGAAACCGGAUUUUACGUUAAUGGCUGUCCUCUAAAGAAGGACACGUGAGAACCUUUCAGAGACAGUUAAUAUCUUUUCAAGGCUGGGAGCUUUGCACUCGCCAUCUUAGCAUUGUGGUCCCUUUCUGAUUCCAGAUAAACUUACACCUGCCUCCCUGUCUUGGGAGCAAAAGCGUAAUAGAGAUUCCCCAUGCUCCCAUCUUUAUGUAACUUAUUUCAGUUCUGUGAGAUUUUUGUUAUCUUAUUUUUUUUAAAUGUAAUCUGAGCACUUUUUUUUAAUAUUCUGAAAGAUAGAGGCUAUUAUCAGAUGAAUAUAUUCAUUUGAUUAAAAUUAUUUAGAUAAGAAGUUAUUACUGUUUAUGUUUACUUGCAAACAGCUUAUUCUAAGUUUUAUCCAUUUUGCAAAAUAUCAGUUGUAUAUGAUUUCUUAUGUAUUGGAAUUUACUAUGUAAAUGAACCUUUUCAGAUUUCUGGACAGUAUAUGGUUUGAUUUUAUAGGCUUUAUAUUAUUUCAGUAGAAUAAAGAUGAGAAAGAUGAUGGUCAGUUACUUAAAAUGUAUCUGUUGUUGCUCACUUUAAAGAAGGAAAUGAAGUAGAAACAAUUGGGAAAUGUUUGAAUUAGAAGUUCCUCAAAUGUGUAUUGUUUUUCAAAAGAAAACCAGUGACUGUAAGUCAAAACAAGUUUGAUUGCAUGUGAUUUUUUUGCUCUUGUAUAUGCUUUCUGAACAGUCCAUUUGAUAAAGCUUGAAUGGAAAAAAUAAAACUUUCUAUCUGCA